AUGGACCUUAUUACUGGACGUGUCAUGUCCGAUAUAAGCUCUUCCCCUUGGAGACGCUUUCUCCAGAACGUCGACAAUUACUAUCACAAAAUUGGACUCCGUAACCGCGGCCAGCAUCAUGAUCCUAUCUUCUAUCCAACUUUCGACAUCGGAGAGCUUCCUAAUAGCUAUAAGCUAUCCGGGGAACUACCUGGCGUACAGAAACAAGACGUCAAAAUAGAGUUCACCGGUCCACGAUCUAUUCAUAUUGAUGGGACAACAUAUGCAUCCCAUACUUAUGACUCUAGCUCUAGUCGGAGUGAUAUUGGUGACCACGAGGCUGCUCAAAAGCGACAAGAUGGGAGCACAGUCAAUCAAGUAGAGUCAUCUAUCACUCAGAGCGAACCUACAACGAGCCUUGAUCACCAAGGAAUAGCCAAGUUCUGGUCUGCAGAAAAAGGUGUUGGACGAUUUAGUCGAACUUUCUCAUUUCCCACGGAGAUCCAGAAAGCAGGAUCUCGGGCAUCGCUGAAGGACGGCAUUCUGAGCAUACAGCCCGAACUCAAUUUGAUAUUCUUGUUUGUUCCCUAA